CUCAUUUUAUAUUAAAUGAGUAAAAGAGACGACGACAGUUAUGAGUUAUGCUCUCACGUAAUUAUCUCCUCUCCCACCUUCCCCACACUCUAUUCUCUCGCCGGAGAUUUAUACUUUACAGUGCUAAACUGACUCAAAUUCCAAUUAAACUCAAACCCUAGUUUCGCCGGUAAUCUCUUAAAACCCGAUGGAGAAAUCAUCCACUGUAUAAAUCUCUCCUCACUGCUCACAUUUCGCAAUGUUGAUUUCUCAAUGUCGGAGAUGACAGCUGCAGUUUCGGCUUCGUUCAACGCCGCUAAACAGAACAAACCGCCGUCGUUUCCAUCGGAAGCAUCGCAUCGCCGUCCUAAAUCACGAGAUGUAGCGUCGCGAUACCUUAACGGCGCUUCCUCCUUUUCGUCGUCGUCGGUUUUCCACAAAUCGUCGUCACCGUCCUCCGCGGCGAAGAGAUGUCAAUCGCCGAUUGUUACUCGACCGGUGACUCCGUCUGUUACUAUAAAUCGGCCGAGAUCAACACCACGUCGUGACUCGUUGGAUCGACGAGGUAGUGGUAGUGGUAGUGGUGGAGAGGUUUCUUCAGCGCAGAGAAUGUUGUUGACUUCUGGGAGAAGCUUGUUUGCGUCGUUUCAGGCGGAUUCGUUCUCAGGGAUUGAGUUUAGAUCGAAGCUAAACUCAUCGCCGGGGAGAGGAACAGUAGAGAAGAAGAAGAAGACGAUUCCGACGGCAAUAGCAUCUAGGAGUUGUGGAGCUCAGCAAGAGAAGACAAAGCUCAAUGAGCAAUGGCCUAGGUCAGUGCAACCGAGUUGUUUGAGUAGGAGUGUAGACUUCACUGAUACUAGGAAGAAACUGAACGGAUCUGGCAAUGGUGUAUCUAGAGCUCUUCAGAAUUCCAUGGUGAAUAAUAAUAAUAGACCGCGGAUAACGAGAGAUUCAUUGAGUGUUGGAUUAGAGACUGAGAGUGUUUCUUCUGGAAGCUCUAAUGGAAGAGGGAGAAUGUUACCAGCUCGUGGCAAUGUGGUUCAGGGGAGAGUUCCGCAAUUGGCUAGUAAUCUGUCGCAGCAUCGGUUAGAGCCUGGCUCACAGGUUUCUAAAUCUAAUGGACUGAGGAAGGUAUCGGUUGAUAGUCAUGUUUUGUCUCCUAAAGGAAGCCAAUUGUUUCCAAAGAGUGAGCAGAUUCGACCUGCUUCACCUAGCAAGUUUGGUAUGACUGCAGCUUCCCCGAGAGGAACCAGCAUUGCUAGAGGAAUAAGCCCUUCGAGAGGCGUGGUUCCUCCAAGAGGGAUUAGUCCUUCAGGCAGGAUGAGCCCACUAAGAGUGAGAAGCUCCCUAACUAAAACCACACCUUUGGUUCUGAAUUUUGCUGUGGAUGCUAAAGAGAAGAUCAGAGAUAAUGGGGUUGCUGAUGCUCACUUGUUAAAGCUUUUACACAAUAGGUUGCUGCAGUGGCGAUUUGCUAAUGCACGAGCAAAUGCUGUUAUCUCUUCACAAAAGAUGAGAGCGGAGAAAAGAUUGUACAAUGCAUGGAUAAAUAUCUCUAUGCUGUAUGAUUCUGUCAGAGCCAAAAGAAUUGAAUUGCAGCACCUGAAGCAGAACUUGAAACUGAUAUCUAUUCUCAAUAGGCAGAUGGGACAUCUAGAAGAGUGGUUGGUUAUGGAACGGGAUUACAUGGGUUCUUUGGUAGGAGCUGCUGAAGCGUUGAAAGGCAGCACGCUUUGUCUACCUGUUGAUUGCGGGGCAAUGGUAAACGUACAAAGUGUUAAGGAUGCCAUUUGCUCAGCAGUUGAUGUUAUGCAGGCAAUGGCAUCUUCC